AUGGGUUUUGUUUCAUCACUGCUUUGCUGUUCCGACGAAGACUCUCAAUCAUCAUCUCCACUUCAAACUAAUCAUCAACAACUCCAGCAUCAAAAAGAAAAGCAAUUACAAUCACAAAAAAAUAAUAAUAAAAUAAUACAGAACGAGAAAAGAACGCAAACGUCACAUCAAGAUAAAAAAAAUCGUCAAACUUCAUCCUCUUCAUCAAUAUCUGCUGAAACAAAACAACUGACAAAAAGUUCAUCUCAUCCUAAGCAUAGAAAGCAUAAUAACAAUAGUUACGAUAAUCACAGCAUGACUAUUGUAACACCAACCCUUACAAUAAAUACAAACACAAAUGAUGCUCAUGGUUCGACUUCCAUAAAUGGUAUGCAUACUGGAAAUACAAAGAUAAAAGAUAAUAAUAGUAAUGAUUCUUCGAAGAUAAAAAACAGUGAUAAUGGUCAAAACCAAAUGAAAGAAGACAAAAGAAGAAGGAAAAAAAGAAAUACGCCGAAUAAUCAAAAUAUAAUAAAAAAAUCUCUUGAAGAAGAAUCUGUUACAGGAAAAGAAUAUCCGAAUGCUAAGGAUGAAGAAAUAGAAGAAAAAGAAUCAUUUAGGGAUAAAGAAAUUGAAGAAGAAGAAGAUAGUAAAGAAACACAACUCGUGAACGUAUAUAAUUCAGAAACUGAUACAAGUACGGGAGAAACUGUUCCACAAACAAUGAAUGAAGUGCUACCGUCAACACAAGAAGAAUUAGAGAAUGGAGAUGAUAUCAACAUUACGACGAAUAAUAACAAUAAUGAUGAUGCUAAUAAUGAUAACAUUAAUAACAACAACAGUAAUAAUAUUGCAUUGGAAAGGAAUUAUAGUGCAGAAACUGCUAAUACUUCGAUUGGGAGUACUACUACAAAUUCAAUGACUACUACUUCUUAUGAUGAAGAUAAUGGUGAAUUUAUUGAUUUGACACUUUUACAACCAAUGCAAUAUCAUGCAGAUGGUUAUAAAACAUUAUUAUCACCCAAGGAUGAAAUUAAGUUUAAACAUAAAAAAUGCCUAGUAUUAGAUUUAGAUGAAACAUUGGUUCAUUCAUCGUUUAAGUACUUACCAAAUGCUGAUUUUAAUUUACCAGUUAAUAUUGAUGAUCAAAUUCAUAACGUUUAUGUCAUCAAGAGACCCGGUGUAGAUGAAUUCUUGGAAAAAGUUGGUAAAUUAUUCGAAGUGGUAAUUUUCACAGCAAGUGUAUCCAGAUAUGGUGAUCCAUUACUGGAUAGAUUAGAUCCAAAGGGUAAAUCAAUCCAUCAUCGAUUAUUUAGAGAAGCAUGUUAUAAUUACGAAGGUAAUUAUAUUAAGAAUUUAUCACAAAUGGGGAGACCAUUAAGUGAAAUUAUUAUAUUGGAUAAUUCACCUGCAUCAUAUAUUUUCCAUCCUCAACAUGCUAUCCCUAUAUCUUCUUGGUUUUCUGACUCUCAUGAUAAUGAAUUAUUAGAUAUUAUACCGUUAUUAGAAGAUCUUUCAAAAAAUCCUUCAUUAGACGUUGGUAAAGUAUUAGACGUCACAAUAUGA